AUGGACGAAACCAUCACAACCAAUUCACACACCGACUCGACACAUAUUUUCUCCGAUGAUAUUUGUUUUGAAAUUUCCACGUUUUUAGAUUCGUGGAUAGUCUUGAAUUAUUGCACAAAAAUCUCCUCACAAUGGUUUCGGGUUAUCAAGGAACGGUGCAAAUUUUCUCUCAAUUUCGAACAUAAAAUUAAUAAUGAACGAGUUGAUUACUUGAUGAAAAGCGAAUUUUUGGAUAAUAUUAUGGAGGUUACAGUUGAGAAUCCAGGAUUAAUUGCAGAUGUUCGAUUUUUACAAGCUGUGAAAAAAUUAACACGGCUCUCAAUUGACUAUAAUCGAGUUGGAGUGGAAGGAGCAAGUUUUAUUGGGGAAAUGAAAAAUUUAACAUCACUUUCAAUAUUAUUUAAUGGGAUUGGACCAGAAGGAGCUAAAUCAAUAAGUAAAUUGGAAAAUCUGACAAGUCUUUUCAUUAAUGUCAAUCAAUUGGGAUCAGAAGGAACAAAGUCUAUAAGUGAAUUGAAGCAAUUGACAUGUUUGGAUAUUAGUGGAAAUCAUUUGGGACCAGAGGGUACAAAGUAUAUUGGUAAACUGACUCAAUUGACUCAAUUAAUUAUUUGUAAUAAUGAAAUUUAUUCAGAGAGAUUAAAAUUUAUAGGUGAGCUUAGACAGCUGACAAUUCUUAAUGUCAGUUACAAUUAUAUUGAUUCAGAGGGAGCUAAAUAUCUGAGUGAAAUGAAGCAAUUAACCACUCUACGUAUUGAUUCGAAUAAUAUUGGACCAGAAGGAGCCAAAUCAAUUUGUACUUUACAAAAUUUAACAAAUUUAAAUGUCGAUUCGAAUGCAAUUGGAGAUGAAGGAAUUCUAUCCAUAAGUGAAAAGAUGAAAAAUCUCAAGUAUUUGAAUGCUUCCAUGAAUGGAAUUGGAGAUGAAGGAGCUCAAUCAAUUCUCUCAAUGACUCAACUGACGAAUUUGAAUAUAAGUUGUAACAAGAUUGGAGAAAAUGUAUUGAAACUAUUUGGUGGAAUGAAACAAUUGGUAAUAUUAGAAAUAGGUUUCAAUAAGAGUGAUUAUUAA